AAAGGCUACGACGACUUGCAGGCCAUCGUCCCCACCUGCGAGCAGCAGGAUUUCUCCAUAGGCUGCCAGAAGCUGAGCAAGGCCGUCGUCCUUCAGAAGACCAUCGACUACAUCCAGUUCCUGCACAAGGAAAAGAAGAAGCAAGAGGAGGAAGUUUCUACCCUCAGGAAAGACGUGAUGGCCUUAAAGAUCAUGAAAGUGAACUACGAGCAGAUUGUCAAAGCUCAUCACGACAACCCGAACGAGGGGAAGGACCAGGUCUCUGACGAGGUGAAGUUCAAUGUUUUCCAAGGCAUAAUGGACUCCCUCUUCCAGUCCUUCAACGCCUCCAUCUCAGUAACGAAUUUUCAGGAGCUUUCGGCUUGUGUCUUCAGAUGGAUCGAGGAGCACUGCAAGCCCCAGGUGAG